GCACUCGCCCGCCGGUCGGGGACACACUUGGGGCCGUCGGUGACUCCGCUCUACGGCCCCGCUCCUGCCCCGACCUGGGCUGCGAUUUUUUUUUCUGUUUGUUUGUUUCUGGGGAGAGCCUGAGCAGCCAGGAGAGCCCGGGGCCAAGCCUUUCCCCUCUCUCUCUCCCUGCAGCACAGCGGAGAUGCUGGAAGCGGCGGUGAGUUCACAGCGCCCGAGAAGGGCGGCAAGAGGCGUAUAAACUCCUGCAGUCACCUCCGGCAGCCGCUGCCCCACGACCCUCCGCCGGCCCCUCCUCGCCCAGCACGCCGCCGGCCUCGCCGCCCCUCGCCGCCGCCGGAGGAGGCUGCCCACCCCAGCGGCCCAGGAUGCAGUUUCGCCUCUUCUCCUUUGCCUUGAUCAUCCUGAACUGCAUGGAUUACGGCCACUGCCAGCCCGGCCGCUGGAGACGCAGCAAGAGAGCUAGCUAUGGACCAAAUCCAAUUUGCAAAGGUUGUUUAUCUUGUUCAAAGGAUAAUGGGUGCAUCAGGUGCCAACACAAGUUAUUCUUCUUCCUACGAAGAGAAGGAAUGAGACAAUAUGGUGAAUGCUUGCAUUCCUGCCCAUCGGGGUACUAUGGACUUCGAACGCCAGAUAUGAACAGAUGUUCAAGAUGCAGAAUAGAAAACUGCGACUCCUGCUUUAGCAGAGACUUUUGUACCAAAUGCAAAACUGGCUUUUACUCGCACAGAGGCCGCUGCUUUCGAGGAUGCCCUCCUGGAUUUGCAGCCUUGGAAGAGCUUAUGGAAUGUGUGGGCUGUGAAGUGGGUCAGUGGAGCGAGUGGGGAACUUGCAGCAGAAAUAACAAAACAUGUGGAUUUAAGUGGGGCUUGGAAACGAGAACAAGACAAAUUGUGAAGAAGCCAGCGAAAGACACAAUACCGUGCCCAACCAUUGCGGAAUCCAGACGGUGUAAAAUGGCCAUGAGGCAUUGUCCAGGAGGGAGAAAGCCAGCAAAAACAAAGGACAAAAAAAAGAAGAAAAAGAACUUGAUGGAAAGGGCUCAGAAGCAGCACAGCAUCUUUUUAGCGACAGAUAAAACAAGCCAGUAAAGACUUGAUUUUCUUUAAUAUAUUUUUUUUGCAAAGUGCACAAAAGCUGCUAUAUGCUCCUGCCCAUGGAUGCACUACAGUUCAGCUGCUUUGACAGUAUUGGUGGCAAAUAACUUGUGAAAAUAAAGCCCACAAGCUUGUUUGUUUUAUUUAUAUAUUUUUUUAUUUUAUUUUUUUCCUAUCAUUUUUGACCUGAAGACUUCAAGGUCGGAGCACACUGAGUUGAAUCAGUGGAAGUGGUCCUGAAGUGCAUCAGAGAUAACGUUCUGAGUGCUUGGUCAACAUGAUGACCAGGAAAGAAAUCUACGUAGCACCAUUAGGCGGACUUGUGCAUAUUUAAAUAAAUAAAAAAAGGAAGUCUUGGAGGUGUAGGUACUAUUGCAUUUAUGGCCUUUGUUUCCUAUAUUUGUACAUUUCAAGAGUAAAUGAAUAUGACUUACCUACUUAGUGUUAAUGUACAUUGUUCUCAGCACCUGUUACAUCAAAACAGUUGUAUAAUAAAACUGCUUUAAGACAA